GUUCUCGGCUCUGAGGCUGUGGGAAGAUGGCUGCGGCCGUGGUGGCCUUGGCGUUGCCGGUCACCUUCAGGCGGCUGGUGUCUACGUGCGGCCGCAGCGUCCUGAGAGCGUCGGGGCCCGAAGCGGCUUCCCUGUGGUCUGCUUCUCGAAGGUUCAGUUCACAGAGCGCUUCAUUUCCACAAGGAUACGUUCCUAAAACAUCGCUGAGUUCUCCACCUUGGCCAGAGGUGGUUCUGCCAGACCCUGUUGAGGAGACCAGGCACCAUGCAGAGGCCACGGGGAGGGUGAACGAGCUUAUCGCCACGGGCCGGUACGGCAGGCUCUUCGCUGUAGUGCACUUUGCCGGCCACCAGUGGAAGGUGACCUCUGAGGACCUGAUUUUAAUUGAAGGCGCGUUAGACGUUGCUUGUGGAGAGAGGAUUCGGCUGGAGAAGGUCCUGCUGGUUGGGGCCGACGACUUCACGCUGCUCGGCACGCCGCUCCUCAGAAAGGAUCUUGUUCGAGUAGAAGCCACGGUCAUUGAAAAGACAGAGUCAUGGCCAAAAAUCAGUAUGAAGUUUAAGAAAAGGAAAAACUACAGAAAGAAAAGAAUUACUGUGAACCCCCAGACCGUCCUCCGGAUAAACAGCGUUGAGGUCGCUGCACGUUUGUGCUGACGCCCUGCUGACGCUGACGGAAGUGUGAAAAUAAACUCGUUUUCUGAGGA